UAUCUUUGUAUGCGCAUUAAUUGGAAAAUACAGGUGUGACCCCGCCCAUUAAAGCACACCUACAAUCAUAGAAAGAUGGCGGAUGGCGGAGGUCAAGUUUUGUUCUCCAGUGAAGCAGAAGCGUUUAUUGGAGAGCUGAAACAGAUGAAUCUGGCGUCUAUUGGCUCAGAGAAGUGGUCAUUGCAGAGAGAAAGACUAGAGAAACUAUCAAUGCAAGCUGUACUAAAUGUUUCAAAAAACAGUGACGAGUUCAUUAAAGAUUAUCUCAUUUCAUACAACAAAUUAAACUUGCUAAUUCAUGAGCUAUUGGUUAUUGACGUGUGGAAAAGACGUGUUUUUCCUCUUCUGUUUAAAUACUCGCCAUCACCUACCACCAGUUUUCCUACAUAUCUUGUGCUUUAUCAUGAAACUGUCCUCAUUUGUCUGUUGGAAGUUGUAAUCUUUUAUCAAGAAGUUGUUGAAUGCUUGGAUGAAAGUGUAUUAGAUCUUCUUGAUUACUGCUACAGAAAGAUAUCUCAACUGAUUGCUUCGUGUAAAGAACAUAGAUCCAAUGAUGAUGAAGCACAGAAAUCUGAUACCUCUAUAAAGGAGGAAUUAGUAAGGCAGAAGGAGACUAUCGAAUUUAAUGUACAAAUGAAGUGCAUCUCAAUUGUACAUUAUAUCACUGGACAUUUGAAGAAUUUCCCACUAAGUGUUGCAACCAGAUUGCUAAAUACUCAUGAUUUUCCUUGCAUGUUGGUGGAUCUUAUUCAAAUAUCUCCUUGGACUAAAAACAGCAGCAAAGGUAAGACUUUAAAAUAUGAAGACGGGAAGUGGCAGGAAAUUGAGCAAAGUUGUAACCUGAAACUUGUAAAAGUGGAAGGACAAGUAUGGCUGACACUGUAUCAGCUAUUGCUUGGGGAGCAUAGUCAAAACAAAUAUGAAUACACGCCUUUUAAGAAAGAACAUAUACUAAAGUUGAGAGGCUAUCUAACUGAUCCUGUUAUAGAGCAAAUCCCUCCAUUAGCCACACUCCAGCAUUACCUUCAGCAGCUGUCACUGAUGGAGCCACCUCCCGCCAAUACCGGACUCAUCCUUGAGCAAGCUCCUGUUUUGUAUGAUGGAAUUAUGAAAGAAGGGGAAGGGAAAUGGAACGAAUUCGCUCGUAAACAAAGCAAGAUCUUAUUAGAGCCAGACCCUGAGAUAUUAAAGACACAGGCUACAAGGUGGGUGGAUCAGUAUAGCAGUGGUGUAUUAGAUACAUUGAUUGAUGGCCCACCAAAGUGUGCACUCUGUGGCAGUGAAGCUACUAAGAGAUGCUCAAGAUGCUGUAGUGAAUGGUAUUGUUCUAGAGAAUGCCAGGUGAAGAAUUGGAAAAAACACAAGCCUUCCUGUGACAUUUUAUACCAAUCUAAAUCUUCAUAGACAUUCAAACUGCUUUAUGAGAUCAUAAUUGUAGUGCAUGUAUUUUAUUUACAGGCAGCCCUAUCACUCAGAAUAUGAAAAAAAAACAUUUUAAAACAGUA